AAUGGUCUUUGAACGCCUAGAGCACGGCAACUCUUUCCAGAAUGUGGAAGAGUUCUUCGUGGCCCUCCACCAGACCUCACAGGAUUUGGACAUCAGUCCUGUGGUGAGGGACAUCAUGAUGAAUCGAACCUUCACUAUCAUCAGUCUUCAUUUUGCCGAAUUUGUGACCGGCGACUGGGCUUCCUGGUUCACGGUGAAACUGACGCCUCUCCUCCCCAGCUUGACUGCAGAGAUGCUCCACACAGCGACCGUACACACCGACUGCAACGGAUACCACAUCAUGGUUGUGGCUCUGAGCAGCGUCUUUGACCAGAUGACUUUGCUGAGACGGCAGGAGCUGGCCCCAGUCCUGUUGGGCUACCUGAAGCAGAGACACGCCUCGGGCUCACCUUGUGGGUCCGACACAAGCAGCCUCAGUGCUUGGCUGGAGGAGAGCUUUGGCAAAUUCUCCAUCUAUGUGGAUUACAACGACCUGCGUGAGAUCAAUGCAGGCUUUGGCAGCUUUGAGGCGCUGGACAUUCUGAGCUCUUCUCAGGUCGCUCAACUGACGCUAGAGUCUGGAGCGCUGAACAGCGCGUCUCUGAUAAACAUGGUCUUUGAACGGCUAGAGCACGGCAACUCUUUCCAGAAUGUGGAAGAGUUCUUCGUGGCCCUCCACCAGACCUCACAGGAUUUGGACAUCAGUCCUGUGGUGAGGGACAUCAUGAUGAAUCGAACCUUCACUAUCAUCAGUCUUCAUUUUGCCGAAUUUGUGACCGGCGACUGGGCUUCCUGGUUCACGGUGAAACUGACGCCUCUCCUUCCCAGCUUGACUGCAGAGAUGCUCCAGACAGCGACCGUACACACCGACUGCAACGGAUACCACAUCAUGGUUGUGGCUCUGAGCAGCGUCUUUGACCAGAUGACUUUGCUGAGACGGCAGGAGCUGGCCCCAGUCCUGUUGGGCUACCUGAAGCAGAGACACGCCUCGGGCUCACCUUGUGGGUCCGACACAAGCAGCCUCAGUGCUUGGCUGGAGGAGAGCUUUGGCAAAUUCUCCAUCUAUGUGGAUUACAACGACCUGCGUGAGAUCAAUGCAGGCUUUGGCAGCUUUGAGGCGCUGGACAUUCUGAGCUCUUCUCAGGUCGCUCAACUGACGCUAGAGUCUGGAGCGCUGAACAGCGCGUCUCUGAUAAACAUGGUCUUUGAACGGCUAGAGCACGGCAACUCUUUCCAGAAUGUGGAAGAGUUCUUCGUGGCCCUCCACCAGACCUCACAGGAUUUGGACAUCAGUCCUGUGGUGAGGGACAUCAUGAUGAAUCGAACCUUCACUAUCAUCAGUCUUCAUUUUGCCGAAUUUGUGACCGGCGACUGGGCUUCCUGGUUCACGGUGAAACUGACGCCUCUCCUUCCCAGCUUGACUGCAGAGAUGCUCCACACAGUAACGACCGUACACACCGACUGCAACGGAUACCACAUCAUGGUUGUGGCUCUGAGCAGCGUCUUUGACCAGAUGACUUUGCUGAGACGGCAGGAGCUGGCCCCAGUCCUGUUGGGCUACCUGAAGCAGAGACACGCCUCGGGCUCACCUUGUGGGUCCGACACAAGCAGCCUCAGUGCUUGGCUGGAGGAGAGCUUUGGCAAAUUCUCCAUCUAUGUGGAUUACAACGACCUGCGUGAGAUCAAUGCAGGCUUUGGCAGCUUUGAGGCGCUGGACAUUCUGAGCUCUUCUCAGGUCGCUCAACUGACGCUAGAGUCUGGAGCGCUGAACAGCGCGUCUCUGAUAAACAUGGUCUUUGAACGCCUAGAGCACGGCAACUCUUUCCAGAAUGUGGAAGAGUUCUUCGUGGCCCUCCACCAGACCUCACAGGAUUUGGACAUCAGUCCUGUGGUGAGGGACAUCAUGAUGAAUCGAACCUUCACUAUCAUCAGUCUUCAUUUUGCCGAAUUUGUGACCGGCGACUGGGCUUCCUGGUUCACGGUGAAACUGACGCCUCUCCUUCCCAGCUGGACUGCAGAGAUGCUCCAGACAGCGACCGUACACACCGACUGCAACGGAUACCACAUCAUGGUUGUGGCUCUGAGCAGCGUCUUUGACCAGAUGACUUUGCUGAGACGGCAGGAGCUGGCCCCAGUCCUGUUGGGCUACCUGAAGCAGAGACACGCCUCGGGCUCACCUUGUGGGUCCGACACAAGCAGCCUCAGUGCUUGGCUGGAGGAGAGCUUUGGCAAAUUCUCCAUCUAUGUGGAUUACAACGACCUGCGUGAGAUCAAUGCAGGCUUUGGCAGCUUUGAGGCGCUGGACAUUCUGAGCUCUUCUCAGGUCGCUCAACUGACGCUAGAGUCUGGAGCGCUGAACAGCGCGUCUCUGAUAAAAAUGGUCUUUGAACGCCUAGAGCACGGCAACUCUUUCCAGAAUGUGGAAGAGUUCUUCGUGGCCCUCCACCAGACCUCACAGGAUUUGGACAUCAGUCCUGUGGUGAGGGACAUCAUGAUGAAUCGAACCUUCACUAUCAUCAGUCUUCAUUUUGCCGAAUUUGUGACCGGCGACUGGGCUUCCUGGUUCACGGUGAAACUGACGCCUCUCCUUCCCAGCUGGACUGCAGAGAUGCUCCAGACAGCGACCGUACACGCCGAACGCUUGUAA